CUUCAAAUUUACAAUCUUUCUUCUUAAACCUUCACUAUAAUAAAACCUAAUUUCCAAAACCCGACCCUACCGAAACAUUCCCAAGUGCAGUUUUUAGCAUCAUCAAAAACUACAUGUUUCAUAGAUUUCAAUUUCGAUCUCAAUUUCCAUAGCACAAAAAGGAGUUUUUAGUACUUUUGUGUUUUUUUUGAGUUCGAAACAUGGUUUGAAUCAACCAGGUCAAUGAAGAGUAACAAAAACAACAGAAGCAAUUUCACAAACAGUUGGUAGACACAAAAAUUAACGUUUGUUUUUGUUCCUCUUCAGCAUGCUACCAUUGAAACAUGUAGUAACCAAACACAAACACAAAUUCAAACUCAAAUCCGUCUUUUCAUCUUCCAAUUCAAUUCUCAAUCAAAUUCAUAACACUCACUAUGCAUCACUUUCUUCACCAACAACACCUUCGUUUUCCGUUACCCAAAACGACGUCGCUUCCACCUUCAAAACGUGGUUUCAAAUCCACCACCAUUCCAAAGACCCACUCACCAUUCGAAUCUACCAGAUUCUCUCUUCCGGUGACGAUUUCUCACCUUCUCUCUCCUCCCUUUCGCUUCCUCUAUCUGAACCCUUUGUCCUUCGUGUCCUCCGUCACGGCGGCGACAAUAAUGAGAUUCUCUCGUGUCUCAAGUUCUUCGAUUGGGCUGGUCGUCAACCUCGUUUCAACCAUACACGAGCUACUUUCGUUGCCAUUUUCCGUAUCCUGACCCGGGCUAGCCAUGUGCCGUUGGUUCUUGAGUUCCUUCAAACGUUCCGGAAGCGUGUUUUCUCUCAUCGGGUUCGUUUUGAUGAUACCCUUGUUGUUGGUUAUGCUAUUGCUGGUAAACCUGAAGUUGCACUCCAUGUGUUUGGGAAAAUGCGUUUUCAGGGGCUUGACUUGGAUGGGUUUUCUUAUCAUAUUCUACUCAAUGCUCUUGCUGAGGAGGAUUAUUUUAAUGCUUUUAGUAUUGUUCUUAGUCAGAUUCGAAUGAAGGGCUAUGCGACUAGUGUUACGGAUGCUAUUGUUGUUAAGUUUUUGUGUAAGCAGGGUAAGUUGGAUGAGGCUGAAGAUUAUCUCAACUGUUUGUUGGGGAGUGGGAAAGAGCUGCAUGGUUCUGAGGUGAGUUUUCUUGUUGGUUCGUUGUGUGAGAAUAAUAGGUUUGACCAUGCUGUUGAGUUGGUCAAGGAGUUUGGGGACUUGGGGUUGGCUCCUUUGGAGCAAGCUUAUGGUGUUUGUGUAAAGGGUCUUGUGAAGGGUGGUAGGUUGGACGAGGCUUUAGAGUUUUUUAGGCAGAAGAGAGAUUCUGAAGGGUAUGUUCCUGGUUCUCCUAGGUAUAACAUGUUGAUUUGUAGGCUUUUGAGGGAGAGCCGGCUUCAUGAUGUCUAUGGUUUGUUGAUGGAUAUGAAUGAGUCUUGUAUUCCACCUGAUAUGGUUACCAUGAAUGCUGUCUUGUGCUUCUUUUGCAAAGCUGGGAUGGUGAAUGUCGCCCUCCAAUUGUACAAUUCCAGGUCACAGUUUGGAUUGAAUCCGAAUCAAAUGGCUUACAAGUAUUUGAUACUUACUCUGUGUUGGGAUGGGAGUGUUAAGGAGGCAUACAGUGUGCUCAAAAGUUCUCUCAGUAAUGGGUUUUUUCCUGAUAGACGAGCCUUUACCACAAUUGUCCAUGCUUUGUGUAGAGAGUGCAAGGUUGAUGAGGUGAAGGAGUUGAUCCAUCUUGCCUUGGAGCGGGAUUUCACGCCGAGCGCUGUCACAUAUGACAAGUUUAUAUCGGCUUUGUGCCGAUCUGGAAGAGUGGAAGACGGUUAUUUGGUGCAUGGGGAGCUUAACAAUGCCACUGCUAGAUUCUCCUACUCUAAGAUGAUUAGGAGUUUUAUUAAGUCAAAUAGGGCAGACAUUGGUGCUCGUCUUCUUGUUGAAAUGAAAGAGAAGGAUUUUGUACUAACACGGACCUCAUGCAGAGCUGUUAUAUGCAGUUUACUUCAUAUGGAUAAUCCAGUAUCACGUGUUUUCAAUUUAUUAGACAUGCUGACUCAUGGUAAACCUGAUGUUCAGAUUUUCAACUUUUUCAUUGACGGAGCUGGGCAUGCCAAUAAGACAGAGUUGGCCAGGAAUGUAUAUGAGUUGAUGAUAAGAAAUAACAUUGUGCCGAAUAUUGUUUCUCAAAUUCUUGUGUUGAAUAGUUUCUUGAAAAGUGGAAUGAUUUUUGAUGCUUUGAAUUUCUUUAAUAGUCUCCGACGUCAGGGUGUGGUCAAUCGAAAAUUAUAUAAUUGCAUGAUUAUUGGUCUCUGCAAGGCUAAUAAGGCUGACAUUGCACAUGAUAUCUUAUUUGAAAUGUUAAACACUCAAUUAAACCCAAGCAUCGAAUGCUAUGAGAGUCUUGUGCAGGCGCUUUGCUCAUUGAAAAGAUAUCAUGAAGCGAUAAAUCUCGUUCACGUGUAUAUGAAAAUGGGACGUCGAUUAACUUCUUUUCUUGGCAACGUACUUCUUUUUCACUCUCUGAUAUCGCCGGAUGUCUAUGAUACAUGUGUUCAUUUAAGAUGUGCAACAGAGGGAGAAAGUUCUCCUAUUUCUACACUGAACUUUGUCAUUGGUGCAUUUUCUGGUUGUCUAAGAGUAAACCAUUCUAUUGAGGAAUUGGAGGAAUUAAUAGCGAUGUGCUUUCCGCUUGACAUUUACACCUACAAUCUUCUGCUGAGAAGAGUAACCAAUUAUGAUAUGGAUCAAGCUUGUGAGUUGUUUAAUAGGAUACGUCAAAGAGGUUAUGAGCCUAAUGGUUGGACUUAUGAUAUUAUGGUGCAUGGUUUCUCAAAUCAUGGGAGAAAUGACGAGGCUAAGCACUGGAUCGAAAAAAUGCACGAAAAGGGAUUUUAUCCAACAGAGAAUACUAGAAGAAAUUCGCGCUUAGUGUCAGUCACUACUCAUUUGAUGUGUUUGAUUUUUCUAUUGAUUGUCUAUUUGAGUAGUUUUGCAGAAUUAGAGAGGACAUUUAUAAAUACGGGAUUAUUGUUCUCACUUAUUUUACAUAUGUUUUGUACUACACUGGAUUUUGCUAUCACCACUAGAUGGGUUAUUCACGAGGAAAUUGAUAGAAUGCCUAUGUCUCAGUGUUAUCAACUGCAGAUGGCGGUCCAUGGCAGAAGGCCAAAAAAAACUCAGCUAAUUUAGACCGCCAUAAAAUGCCAUGGUCGCCGUAGCCUAUAUUUUACAACACAACUCUAUCCUCUCUCUCUCUGUAAUCAUCUGCCAUGAUAGAAUAUCCUGUGUUUGAUGCACUUAAAACCUCAGCAAGUUGAGAAAUUUGGACUUCUCAUUUCAUAAAGGGUUGGGAGUUUCAUUCCAGCCUCGUAUUGGCCACUGGCAUCUGUCAUUGCAACAGAAAUAUUAUAGUUAACUAAGUUAUAAGGGUCUUAAUUCUUACAUCAACCUUGCAAUUUGCACCAAAAUUGUUGUUAUUUUGUAUUACUUCUUAUUGACAUUUGAUGAUUUGAUCAAUGUUAACCUCAGUCUUAUUGAUUUAUGUCAAAAUCUGGCACCAAAUCUAUUAAUCUCUGGAUUUUUGCAUUACAUACAUACAACACAAUAGUAUUCGAGUUCCCUCUAAUCACUUGGUGUUUUUCUGACACUAAUGUGAAAUGUUUUGGCAUGUAAACUUUUCCUGGUUUGGAGUAUCCACACACAAGCAACAUCAAUUUGAGGUACAGAUGAAGUCAUUAAGUUGUUUGGAUGAUGUAAUCUGCACCCUAUUGUUUUGACUUAUAGCAGGUUAGAUUGCAUAUUUGCAAGGGAGAAUCAUGGAAAUGUAAUCUACACCCUGUUGUCUGGUACAAGCUGAGCAUUAGAGCUUAUCAUUUAUUAUGAUUUGUGUUUUGUAGGAUAAGAGGUAAUAUGAGUUAUAUUUGAUACAUAACACUUAUUACUUUUUCUAUAUAACAUUCUAGACACUUCUUGAUUUUCAAGGGAAGCCAGUGAUUGUGGUAUGGGAAGCUAAAAAAAACAUACCAUCUUUGACUGUUAUCCUAAUUUAUCAUAACCGCUGUCUUUUAUGUAAUUGACUUGUAUUGAUUUGGAAUAACAAUGUCAAGUGGGAAAAUGCUUGAACC